AUGCUGUCCACUCUCAGAGUCGCCAGCCGCCAGGCUGCUUCGCGUGAGGCGAGCAUGCGCACCGUGGUCGUCGGUGCUAGACAUGCCUCUGCCUGGUCCAAUGUCCCUCAGGGUCCUCCGGACGCUAUCCUUGGUAUCACCGAGGCAUUCAAGGCCGAUACCUUCAAGGAGAAGAUCAACCUUGGUGUUGGUGCUUACCGUGAUGACAAGGGCAAGCCAUAUGUUCUGCCCUCGGUUCGCGCUGCCGAAGACAAGGUCGUUGCGUCGCGUCUCGACAAAGAAUACGCCGGUAUCACUGGUAUUCCUUCCUUCACCAAGGCUGCUGCGGAGCUGGCCUAUGGCAGCGACUCCGCCGUCAUCAAGGAGGACCGUCUCGUCAUCACUCAAACCAUUUCCGGUACCGGUGCUCUGAGAAUCGGAGGUGCUUUCCUGCAGCGCUUCUACCCUCACGCUAAGAAGAUCUACCUUCCCACUCCCAGCUGGGCCAACCAUGCCGCCGUCUUCAAGGACUCGGGACUGGAGGUUGCGUCCUACCGUUACUACAACAAGGACACUAUUGGCCUUGACUUCGAGGGCCUCAUCGCUGACAUCAAGGCCGCUCCCAACAACAGCAUCAUUCUGCUGCACGCCUGCGCUCACAACCCCACCGGUGUUGAUCCCACCCAGGAUCAGUGGCGUCAGAUUAGCGAUGUCAUGAAGGAGAAGGGUCACUUUGCUUUCUUCGAUAUGGCCUACCAGGGCUUUGCCAGUGGUAACGCGGACCGUGAUGCUUUCGCCCCUAGACAUUUCGUCAAGGAGGGUCACAACAUUGCCCUGUGCCAGAGUUUCGCCAAGAACAUGGGUCUCUACGGCGAACGUGUUGGCGCUUUCUCUCUCGUCUGUGAAUCUGCCGAGGAGAAGAAGCGUGUCGACUCGCAGAUCAAGAUCCUCAUCCGUCCCUUCUACUCCAACCCUCCCGUCCACGGUGCCCGCAUUGCCUCUACCAUUAUGAAUGACUCCGAGCUCAACCAGCAGUGGCUGGGCGAGGUCAAGGGCAUGGCCGACCGCAUCAUUGAGAUGCGUGCUCUCCUCAAGAAGAACCUGGAGGACCUUGGCAGCAAGCACGACUGGUCGCACAUCACCAGCCAGAUUGGCAUGUUCGCCUACACUGGCCUGAAGCCCGAGCAGAUGGAAGUUCUGGCCAAGGAGCACUCCGUUUAUGCUACCAAGGACGGUCGUAUCUCGGUCGCCGGUAUCACCUCGGGCAACGUCAAGAGACUGGCCGAGGCCAUCUUCAAGGUCACCGGUUAA